UACGUCUUACUUUCCAUCGUUUUCGGCCUGUUUCCUGCAACAAUCCUCUAUGACAAUCUACUGGAGAUACUGUGGGUUGCCGAGAUUGCUAGUAUUGUGUUGUGUCUGUGGCUGGCUGUAAGAAAGACUAGCAACACACUCACAGGAACAAGAACUGAAUCGGCUAAUGAACAGAUGAGUCUUCUUUUAAAGUUCUACUGGGGUCGUGAGGUUCAUCCCAGGGUAAUGGGAUUCGAGCUCAAGCAAGUCACCAACUGUAGGUUUGGUAUGAUGAUAUGGCCAUUGAUCGUGAUCUCCUGUAUGGCUAAACAAUGGGAAAUUUAUGGAUACAUUUCUAACUCCAUGGCGACGGCUGCAUUCCUACAGUUUGCCUAUCUUACAAAGUUUUUUCACUGGUAGUCGGGAUAUAUGAGGACAUUGGAUAUGAUGCAUGAUCGUGCUGGUUACUAUAUCUGCUGGGGAUGCAUGUUUUAUGUACCCAGCAUCUAUCCGAGUCCAGCUAUGUACCUUGUGAGAAACCCAAAUUCUUUACCUACUCUCGUCGCAGCUGCAUUGAUAGCUUCUGGUCUGCUGUGUAUUGGAUUGAAUUAUCAGGCCGACUGGCAGAAACAGGAAGUGAGAAAGAGUGAUGGAAGGUGUUUGAUUUGGGGAGAACCACCCAAGAUGAUCCGAGCAAAGUACACAGACGAAAACAAAGUCGAGCAUUCACAGAUCCUUCUCGUGUCUGGAUGGUGGGGUAUAAGCAAACAUUUUCAUUACAUUCCCGAGAUUUUGACAUCGCUUAUUUGGACACUGCCCUGUCUGUUUGAGAGCGGGUUGCCAUACUUCUACGUUAUAUAUCUCACCAUGCUCCUGGUCGACAGGACAAAUCGUGAUGAUCGUCGCUGUCUAAACAAGUACAAGUCGUACUGGAAGAAGUACACUGAAGCUGUGCCUUACAAAAUGAUCCCUUACAUCUAUUGACUGAUGUCGACAGCUUCGUAGUGACAUACUAUUUAGAUAUAUGAAGUACUGUUCAUCCUUUUGUCUAGCUAGACUGUUGACUUACCCACAUGGUUUCUGUUUAUUGAUUCAACUAGCUAACCUAGGUCAAUUACCCAGUAAUUACAUGUUCCAUUUGGUAGUGUUUACUCAGCUAGCUUAGCCUAGGUUAACCUAAGGUCAGUGUGAAAGCACCCAUUGUAAGAGGUAUCAAACCAAUUACAACAAAUAUUAAACGAAAUUGUUACAAUAGGUUUUAGAAUUGUUUACUGCAACUAUAAGAGGUACAUUGAAUUUAGUAAAGUGACUAUCACUUUAUCUAGUAAAGGUGCAAGUCUUUGAGACAGUACAGGGAACAGCAAAUUGCAAUUGGAAAUAUAAUUCGA